ACCCCGGAAAAGGGAAGCGGAACACGGCCCCUAAUGCUAAACUAAAAGUAAAUAAAAGUGUAGUCUGAAGUACACCGUUCCUGGAAUAAACGUAUCGGCAUACGUUCAUGCGUAUGAAGGAAGCAAUUUAGAAAUGAAACAUUCUGAAGUCAUGUAACGCGUCGAAGAGUGUCAGUUGGGAUAAACGCGUAGCUAGGAGUUAGCUCAGUUUGACAACAAGACGCUGCUUUUGCUCCUGACUGAAGUAUUUAGCGACCAGUUUGUGAUGAUUAUUAAAGCUGUCUUCCAGUUUGUGGCAGACCAACUCGCUCUGUUUCAUUUUAGUGAACAAAUCUGGAUUUCUGCCCAGUCGUCUCUCUUUCCUGCACUCUUUGUGAAAUGACCUGACUGUGACUUCACUGGUUCCAGAAUCCGAUCACAAUGGCCAGAAUAGCCUGGUAUCAAGAGAAGAUCGGAGCCUAUGAUCAACAAGUCUGGGAGAAAUCUCUGAAGCACACCGAUCUAAAUGGUUUGAACAGCAAACCAAGAAAGACGGGCCACAUCAAACCAGACCUCAUCGAUGUCGACUUAGUAAGAGGGUCAACUUUCAGCAAAGCUAAACCAGACCGGCCCUGGACAGCUCUGACUCGGAAGGGUCUGGUCCGAGUGCUGCUGUUCCCGUUCUUCUUCCAGUGGUGGAUCCAGGUCACCUCCAAGUCCAUCUCCUCCUGCAUCCUCGUGCUCUACUUCAUGCAAGUGGCCGCGCUGCUGCUGUACGUGGAUGUCCCUGGGGCGAGUGCCAGCGAGGUGUUUGGCCCCAUGUUUCUGAUGCUGCUGCUGGGCACGGUGCACUGCCAGAUUGUGUCCACUGAGUCCAGCCGGUGGUCCUCGGGCAGUCCAGCUGCCAGCUGCACCACCAGCCCCGCUCGCAGACGGAGGCCAAGGAAGAGCAGAGGGCUGAAAAAAUCUGAGGAGAAGAAUGACAGCGAGGACAGAGAGCAGCAGGGGCCCUGGUCGUUUGAAGAAAGCCAGCUGUUAUACAGGAACGAAGAGAGGAGGAUCACAAGAAAGUCAGGUUUUGGGGCAUCCGACGAGCUCUCCAGUGAGGAAGAGGAGGGGGUUCAACCGGUGGAAUUAAUUCUUCCAGCAUCUGAUCAAGAGAGACAACAUGCGUCAACAAGGCCGCCAUCUGAAACAGGGGCCUCUGUUAGAAGGAGGAGUCUAAACUCUAUGGCCACACCCACAUUAAGACCUCAGGAAGUGAGUGGGGCUUCCAUCAAAGUGAAGCCUCGAGAGGUGGAUCGCCUCAGGCCAAGGUUGGGCUCUCGUCCUGCCUCCGACACCGAUGACACGUUGUGGGAGGAGCUUCUCCAGGGGCCUGACUCCGCCUCCACGGAGAGCAGCGACAGUGAGGUGAACGGGAGGUACAAUGCCGGCCUGACGCUCCCACCAACCACCACUCUGAGCAGUGACGAUGAGAGCCUGCAGCAGGGGAUCGCCGGAAACCAGCUGUCCUGGCUGCAGUCGUGUCACCCAUCCAAGGACCGUGUCAGUGCCAUAAUAUGGGAGCAGGGCGAGUGUAAGAAAGCAGACAUGUCAGUAUUGGAGAUCAGUGGGAUCAUCCUCACACGGGUGAAGUUGGUGGAGCAGGGUGUGGGCUACCUCAUGCUUGGUGGGCUGAUGACCACCACCCUGGCUCUGCUUCCCUUUGCCUUCCACCUGGCUCAGCGUCUGGACGUGUCCAAACUCAGCUCCCUUUCACAGAAGGAGCUGGUAGACAUGGCGCUGGGGCAGCAUGGUCUCCAUGCUUACGUCUUUUUCCUCAUCACAACGCUGCAAAGAGUCUGCCUCAUAGGACUGUUCUUCUUCAUGAUGUGUGUGGCUGAGAGAACGUACAAACAGAGACUCUUGUUUGCCAAGUACUUCAGCCACCUGACUUCAGCUCGCAAGGCCAAGAAAUCCGAGAUCCCUCACUUCAGGCUGAAGAAAGUCCAGAACAUUAAGAUGUGGUUGUCACUACGCUCUUUUCUCAGGAGACGAGGGCCGCAGCGCUCCGUUGACGUCAUUGUCUCCACUAUCUUCCUUUUGGCACUUUCCAUUUCCUUCAUCAUUUGCGCCCAGCUUCUGCGCAACCACCAGACAUUCCUAGAGACCCUGACUAACUGGGAGCUGAUGGUGUGGGCCUCCUCCCUCAUCCUCUUUCUGUUACGGCUGGCAACGCUCGGCUCAGAGACAAACUGCAAAUACAGCAACUCAUCAGUGCUGCUCACCGAGCAGAUCAAUUUGUAUCUCAAGAUGGAGAAAAAACCCAAUAAGAAAGAAGAACUCAACAUUGUGAACAACGUUUUGAAACUAGCUACAAAACUGAUGAAGGAGCUGGAUAUACCUUUCAGACUGCUGGGUCUGACUGUGAACCCUCUGAUCUACAAUAUCACCAGAGUGGUCAUCCUGUCCGCUGUGUCUGCUGUGGUCAGCGACCUGCUCGGCUUCAACAUCAGACUGUGGAAAAUCAAGCCUUAAUGUGAAAAGAGCAAACUACUAACAGUCGGACACUGGAUACCAGAAGCUCUGUCCGCAGCUACAGCGUCUCAUCAAAAAAGUGCAAAUCUACUGACUGUUAUUCAUUGUCUGUGCCUUCCAGCAGAAACGUCUGUCUCUUGAGUUUCAUCAGUCAUUCCCAAGCCUGAGAUGCUCUGACUAUUGCUCACACACAAUUGCUGGCGGCUCAGUUGGUGUCCAUCUACCACGCCACUAAACCAGUGCCUAAUGUUUUACCCCUUUUCAGUGUGUCGUUAAAUAUAGGGGUGAUUUUGAGGUCUGAGAUCAUUUCAGGCAUCCGUGGCAUCCAGAGGUGUAUACGCACAACAAAAUGUAAAUACAGACCUGGAGUGGAUAGUUUAUAUAGUCUUACUGAUGUUUUCCCAUCAAUAUAUUAGUUAAACUAACUGUAAAUCAAGCUAUGUGCUAUCUGAAGCCGCUAAAUCAAAAGGGGCUGCCAGUUUAAUUAAAUUAAUUUUCAUAGGAAUUUGAUUUUUGUACGGUUUAAAGAGGAAACUUUGUGAUUGUAAGAGGGCUUUAUUUAUUUGGGGGUCUAUUUUCACUUAAACUUGUAAUGGUACCUGUAAAUAAUGACCACUAUCUGUGUUUUGUGUCGAUGAAUUGUCAAAGGAAAUAACUAUGCCAAGUUUUGCUUAAAGAAAAUACUUGUUAGAGGUGAAUAAAUGUUUUUAUCUACCUAUCAA